CUCUCUAUUUCUAUUACUUUCUCUUUCUUCUUCUGUCUCUUUUUGCAUUUGACUUGCAGUUUCCUUUUAUACAAGUUAAAAAAAAUUGGAUUUCCAUUAUCAAAAUCCCUGUUUUUGUACUUUUAUUUUACACACACACACACACACAGUUUUAAACCUGAAACUGGUUUUGGAAUUGGAAUUUAUUUGUAGCACCAAAUGGGGUUCUUGAAAGCAUAUGAUUUUGUGCAAUAGUCUCAAUCUUGGUGAGUUUUGUUCAACUUUUGUGUACCAAAAAAUAUGGGUUGGCUUCACCUUGAAAUCAAGGAAAACUCAAUUCUUUCUCCUUCAUUGCAACCAUAUUUUAUCCCACCACCAGUACCUCAACAGAAUACUAAUGCUGUUAUCAAUUUGAACAACAAGGUCAGUCCAAGUGUUUUGCUUAUUAUUAUAGUUCUUGCUAUCAUUUUCUUUGUUUCUGGUUUGCUUCAUCUUUUAAUUAGGUUUAUUUUGAGACCUCCCAGUAGAGAACCUGAAGAUUUGGAUAGUGUAACUGCUCUUCAAGGGCAAUUACAACAACUCUUUCAUCUCCAUGAUGCUGGAGUUGACCAGUCUUUUAUAGACACUUUGCCUGUGUUCUAUUACAAAGCCAUUAUUGGACUCAAGAACCCUUUUGAUUGUGCUGUUUGUUUGUGUGAAUUUGAGCCUGAAGAUAAGCUUAGAUUGUUGCCAAAAUGUAGCCAUGCCUUUCACAUGGAGUGUAUUGACACAUGGCUCUUGUCUCACUCCACUUGCCCUUUAUGUAGAGCUAGUUUGCUCCCUGAUUUCUCUUCAAACAAUACUUGUUCUCCCAUUGUCCUUGUUCUUGAAUCUGAGAGUGACAGCUCCAGGGAGAUAGUUGCUGAUAGAGAAAGUGCCAAUUUAGGCAGAACAAGUUCAGUUCUUAGAACAAACAGUGAAAUUGGAUCAUCCCACAUUGAUUAUACUCAAAAAUCUUGUGAAAUUUUAACAAAAGAAGAUGGGAAUGGAAUUCCCCUAGCACCUACUACAGUUGUAGAUUCAGGGGAAAAAGUUGUGCCUGUUAAACUGGGAAAGUUCCGAAAUGUGGAUGCUGCUGAAACUAGUAGUACUAAAAAUAUUGAUACUAGAAGGUGCUUUUCCAUGGGGUCCUUUGAGUAUGUAAUGGAUGAGAAUUCUUCAUUGCAAGUGCCAAUAAGAACCCCCAUGAAGAAACAGGCUAGUAAGAAGCCUUCCUUGCCACUGACGCCCGGUCACAGACCAGCUAUGUCAGAAUGUGAUUGUGAAUCGAGAAGGGAAUUCAGUGGCUUCAACACCUUUAAAGGCCUUGAAACUAAUGUUGGUGCUAGUAUUAGUGCUAGCAAGGGGAAUGCUGUCGGGAGGAGCAAAAGGGAUAGGGAUAGCUUCUCUAUAUCAAAAAUUUGGCUUCGAGGUAAGAAGGAGAAGCAGAAUUUGCCAGAGGAUUCAUCAAGGAGAGCUUUCUCGUUCCGGUUUCCAGUGACUAGAAAUGUUGAUGGUACUGCUGACUACAGGGAUGUGAAAUUGAAGAAUGCAAAUGCUGGUGCUAGAAGGACAGUUUCUGAGAUUGGCAUUGCCAGAUGGGAAAAUGGAGGAAGCGAAUUCGGUCACGGCGAUGAGGAAAAUCAAAGCUGUGGCAGUUUCGAUUUGCAGGCCAAGACACCAUCCUUUGCAAAGAGGACUCUACAUUGGCUGUUGGGGAGACAAAAAAAGGUUGUUCAUUCAUCAUUUACAUCAAAUAUUUAGUUUCUUUUACUUGCUUAUUUUCUUGGAUUCAUUUUCCAGGAAAAGUUGUACUAUAAUUUCUUCAUUGUGCAAGGCAGAAUUGGAUAAUUUGUACGAGGAAAAAAAAAAAUGAAAGCUAAAUACAUAGUUGUUGCAUUCUUGCUUAAAAACA